ACGACACUCCACUUGGCUUCCCUCAUCUUCUUCUUCUUCGUCUACUUAACCCCCGAAACCAACCCAGUCUCCCACUAAAAUGCGCCUGUCGCGUGACGUCCGGCGGCCGGCGCUGCUUCUUCCGGCGAUUCUCGUCCACACCCUCCUCGCCCUUCUCCUCCUCCCUGCGCCCUCCGAUGCAUGGCGGCCCUGGCCCCACCUGAAGCCCAACGCCUCCGAUAUCUUCGGCGAUUCUAAGAAGUACGAGGGCUCGUCCGAGUUCGUGAAGCUGAAGUACCACAUGGGCCCGGUCCUCACGGCCAACAUCACCGUCCACACCAUCUGGUACGGCGCCUGGCCCAAGGCCCACAAGAAGGUCAUCCGCGAGUUCAUCAACUCCAUCUCCGCCACCGACGUCAAGCGGCCCUCCGUGGCCGGGUGGUGGAGGACGGUCCAGAUGUACACGGACCAGACCGGGGAGAACAUCUCCCGGGCCGUCCUGCUCGGCGAGGAGAAGAACGACCGGUUCUAUUCCCACGGCAAGUCGCUCACGAGGCUGUCCGUACAGUCGGUGAUCAAGAGCGCCGUCACGGCCAGGACGAGGCCGCUCCCGAUCAACCCCAAGAGCGGGCUGUACCUGCUGCUCACCUCCGCCGACGUGUACGUCCAGGAUUUCUGCAACAACGUGUGUGGUUUCCACUACUUCACCUUCCCGUCCAUCGUGGGGUACACGCUCCCGUACGCGUGGGUGGGCAACAGCGCCAAGCUCUGCCCGGGCGUGUGCGCGUACCCGUUCGCGGUGCCCGACUACAUACCUGGGCUGAAGCCGCUGAGGGCCCCGAACGGCGACGCCGGCGUGGACGGAAUGGUGAGCGUGAUCGGGCACGAGAUGGCCGAGCUGGCGACGAACCCGCUGGCCAACGCCUGGUACGCGGGCCAGGACCCGAGCUUCCCGGUGGAGAUCGCGGACCUGUGCGAGGGGAUCUACGGGACCGGGGGCGGGGGGUCCUACACGGGGCAGAUGCUGGAGGACGGGGAUGGGGCCACGUAUAACAUGAAGGGGAUCCGACGGAAGUUCCUGGUCCAGUGGGUGUGGAACCAUGUGGUCAGCUACUGCACUGGCCCGAACGCCCUCGAUCAGUAGUGAUCUCUUCCCCUUUUGAUUUUUGGUCUUUUGGUCGUUUGUUUUCUUCUGGGUUUUGGAGGGUUCCCUCUUCCUUCCUUUCAAAUUCGAAAAAACUUCUAAGUGGGUAUUACUAUUAUCCAUUUUGCUUUGGAUUCUUGUGGGGAGGUGUUCUGGGUCUGCUCUGCUCUCGUAAUGAAUGAUUAGUUGUGGUAGUUAAGUCUGUUAAAUAUGUAAUAAGAAUCGUAUACUGUCCUCGUAUACAAAAAGGAAAGUCUUUCGUCUUUUAUUGGGA